AUUGUGCUGAAGUAGAUCAGUAUAGUGUAAGUCACUGAAAAAGCACGUUGUGUAAAGAAAAUGGCAAAAAAUUCAGCAGCUGUGUUGUACGGACCUUAUGAUUUAAGAAUUGAAGAAUGGCCGAUGCCCGAAAUCAAUGACAAUGAGGUGCUGAUUGAGAUAUCAUGUGUCGGCAUCUGCGGGUCCGACUUGAAGCUGUACAGCACCGGCGAAUGCGGCACCGUCAGCAUCGCCGGAGACCCCAUCGUGGUUGGGCAUGAGGGCGCGGGGACGGUGGUUCAGGUCGGUUCGUCAGUAACCAAUUUACGCGUGGGAGACCGCGUCGCGAUCGAGCCGACCCAGCCGUGCCGAGGCUGUGAAUACUGCAAGCGCGGGCGCUACAACCUGUGCGCGGAACCGCGCUACUGUUCUACGAGAGAGUGCCACGGAAACAUUACAAAAUACUACAAACAUGUUGCGGAUUUCUGUCACAAGAUCCCCGACAACGUGUCAAUGGAGGAGGGCGCGGCGGUGCAGCCUCUAGCGAUCGCGAUCCACGCGUGCCGGCGCGCAGGCGUGACGCUCGGCGCGCGCGUGCUCGUGCAGGGGGCGGGGCCAGUGGGCGUGCUGUGCGCGCUCACCGCACGGGCGAUGGGCGCCGCCAAAAUCAUGAUCACAGACGUAGUCCAAUCCCGGCUGGACACGGCGCGGGAGAUGGUGGCGGAUUACACGCUGUUGACCAGCAAGAUGGCGGACGAGGACGUUGUAGGGGCCGUCGUAGACGCGCUGGGAGAUAACCCCGAUAUAACCAUUGAUGCGUGCGGAUUUGGGGAUGCGCAGCGGGUGGCGCUUAUGGUGACGAAGACGGGCGGUACGGUGAUGAUAGUGGGCAUCGGCGCGAGGAGUGUCGAGUUGCCGCUGACGGCCGCCAUGCUGCGGGAGGUCGACGUGCGCGGCGCGUACCGCCUGCUCAACUCAUACCCCAUAGCCCUGGCUGCGCUUGAGAGUGGAGCGAUCGACCUUAAGAAGUUCAUCACCCACCACUACCCCAUGGAGCAAGCUAAGGAGGCCUUUGAAUACGCCAAGAGCGGAGACGCCAUGAAGAUUAUCAUACACAUGAAGUAGAUUACUAGUGUAAUGCCUACCUAAAUAAAGCAUUACAUUGUCAUAGGGAGUUACGUUUCCUUAGUUUUUAUUAUUCGCAGACUACCUUUCAACUUGAAAAAAGAAGCAGACAUUUUUUUGUAAUGGUACUUCGUGCAAAUAAAAUAUUCUUCUUCUUUUUCUUAUUUUUCUAUGCAGAAAAGUUGCUGCUAUAGAAAAAGUUUGCUUCAAUAUUCGUGCAUUCGUUCCGUAAAGCUUAAAAACGAAAUACAUGAUACUUUAUAUUAAACGCGCUUUA